AUGACUUUAUCGCAGUCAAGAACCCAGCAGUCAAGAACCCAGAACACUGCAGUCAAGAACAUCAAGAACCGAGCAGUCAAGAACACAGCAGUCAAGAACCCAGCAGUCAAGAACCCAGCAGUCAAGAACACUACAGUGAAGAACCCAACAGUCAAGAACACAGCAGUCAAGAACAUCAAGAACCCAGCAGUCAAGAACACUACAGUCAAGAACACUGCAGUCAAGAACCCAGCAGUCAAGCAGUCAAGAACACUGCAGUCAAGAACCCAGCAGUCAAGAACACUCCAGUCAAGAACCCAGCAGAACCGAGCAGUCAAGAACACUGCAGUCAAGAACCAAGAACCCAGCAGUCAAGAACAUCAAGAACCCAGCAGUCAAGAACAUCAAGAACCCAGCAGUCAAGAACACAGCAGAACCGAGCAGUCAAGAACCCAGCAGUCAAGAACCCAGCAGAACCCAGCAGUCAAGAACCCAGCAGUCAAGAACCCAGCAGAACCCAGCAGUCAAGAACCCAGCAGUCAAGAACCCAAGAACCCAGCAGUCAAGAACCCAGCAGUCAAGAACCCAAGAACCCAGCAGUCAAGAACACAGCAGAACCGAGCAGUCAAGAACCCAGCAGUCAAGAACCCAGCAGAACCCAGCAGUCAAGAACCCAGCAGUUAA